AUCAGCUGUGCUCUGAUUCAGGGGGAAAAAAAUCACUCCUCAGUCACACGACCGCAGCUCCAGUACACACACACACACCCGUUAUAGAAUAGGAAAAUGUUUAUUUAUAAUUUAUAUGUAAUGCCGUAGUAAUAUAUCCACUAACGCUCGUAUAGCGACUGAAGGCCGGCUUUGUACAGGAAGUCCCAGCGCAUCAGUGUGUUUAUUUUCCGUCGAGUCACCCUGUGGAGUGCGUUCACAUUCAGCGCAGAAGCUCGGACCCUGUGCUCACACCCAUGGUGGGGGAAGUAGUCAAUGGAGGACACCACCCUCAAGCAGCCUACUAUGGUUUCCAGACUACCAAAAUUUGGCUCUCGUGCUACACCUGCCGCUGGUCCCUUAACCAAUGGCUCAACCCAUAAUGUUUCAACUGGAUGGGCUAAAGGACCUGUACCUGUAGGAAAGCAGAACGGCAUGAUUAGUGUCUCUGCUCCUUUGAAGGGGAGGAAGGGGAGGGACGACUUUGGAGAGAAGGUUUCAGAUUCUAGAGAAGAGGCUCGAGCUGUUGUCCGUUCUCAGCAGCAGCCACGCUCUAUGGUUAGGCAAAUUAGGAAGCCCUCAGCUACCCCAGUGGGUAAAACCCAACGUUCCAUCCCCACUGUACCAAGUACCAUUCCUAGGACGAUUACUCAGCCCAUAAAAACAAACCCACGUAAUACUGUCCCCAAACAGCCCUCACCCAUCCAGCCACUAUGCAACAGGGUUGGUGUGAAUGCAGCCGCUGCUAGCCAGGGCUCUUCCCCCACUUCCCAGGGAAGUCUUCAGAGCAGCCUUUCUCACUCCAGUGACAGCCUCAAGUCCGUCUCUGUGGAGAAUGUUGUACGCUCUCAAAGCUUCUCCUAUUUAAAGAGACCUGAAGCCACCAUUAACCCACCUCUGACACGUUCCUUAUCAUUUAACCGGGCAACAGAAUUAGCAAAAGAGCUGCCCAGGCCACUGGCACAGUCUCCGAUAGCCAGAUCUCCUGUCACUCAGGCCUCCAUGGUAUUAGAUCCUGUAUCAAAGCCUACAAUACCAACAUGUACCAUCUCCUCAGUACCACCAUCAACGCUGAAGAAAUCUCUUCUGCCUAAUUGCACUGAUGGCAAGCCAUCAACACUUAGCUAUAAGCUAAUGCGGUCAUCACUUAUCAAGCAACCCCGCACAGUUGUACCAGUUAAAGCUCAUGGGAAGAUGGAAUUUACAGAGAGGGAUGGAGAUUCCCGGGAUAAAUCUACACCCAUUUCUGAACCAUCCAGCACCACACACAGUGCUGGAACAACUCCUGAGGAACCCUUUUCCAUCAAGGAGGCAAAUGACAGCCAAGCUCAGUCUCUGGAGAUCUUGGAGGACAUGUCUUUAUCGUCCACAUCAUCUCUGGAACGUAAUGAUGUGAGCGAAGAAUACAUAGAUGACUUUGAUGACUUAGGAAACGGAAGCGGAAUUCUGCUCAUGCCUGUUAAUGAGGGAAAAAAUGACCGAAUAGGGCUCUUCAAUGAGGAUCACCUGCUUGCCGUUCAUUGUCAGGAAGGGUCAUCAAUGACUAGUCUGCACAGCUUUGUGUCAGAGGCAGUAGACUGGGCUGAUAUCGGCCUCACAGGCAAUCUCCCAUGCGAUGCCUCACUUCGCUGUGGUGCUCGAGCACUGUCUGCAGAGAGAGAUUUACCACAUGGCUCCUCCCUGGAGCUUUCCCCUUCAGACAGCUCUGGAGGAACCUACAUGUGGGACGAGGAGGUUCUGGAGCCGAUUGGACAGACCACACAACUCUGUGGAAGCUUCGACUCCAACCUUAACAGCAUGGACAUUCUCAAUAACUUGGACAACUUGGACUCUUGUGAUCUGGAGGACGAUGACCUCAUGCUGGAUGUGGAUCUGCCUGAAGACGUCUCUCUCCACAGUGAUGUUGAGGUAGCGUCCCAUUAUGACCACUCAGAGAGUAAUUACUGGCCAUGGAGAAAGCGACAGCAGUGCAGACCGGAGCAGCUGCACUACGAGAGAAGAGACGGAGUUCUGCAGUCAUUUGAUAAUGGUCACACACCCGGUUCCAGCAGGAGAGGAUCAGGACAGUCGUCUCUGGAUGAGCUGAUGCUGAAGCACAUGGCCCAGGACUGCAUGUCUGUUAAAGAACAGCUGUUUCAUCUGAAAACACUGCUGCAGUUGGAAGAGGAUGGAUCUGUUGAUGAAUCUGAGCAGUUAACGUCCAGCCCAUCUUCUGAAGAGCCAAACUAUCAAGUGGAUGAGCUGUUGAAAGAGGUACAGAAGUUAAGAGAAGAACUUCGAGGGAAAGACGUCCUGAUUUCUAAACUCACUCAACAGCUGUCAGCUCCUGUUGAGGUGACACCGUGCAUCUGCCAGCAGGGGGAGCUACAGAGACCAGAGCGUCAGGACAAGAGCACUCAGACCCCAUGGAGAGCACAGACUCCUCAGAUACUACAGCCUUCCCAGCCCUCAGCCAGCGAGCACAACAAGUUGGAAAGAGCAUCACGCCCAGCCCGCUCAGAGGCCCGCAGUGACCGCAUGGACGGCCAGCCUGGUGAUGGUCCACUGAAGCCCCAGGCCUGCACUGUAGUUUUCCCCGUUUCUGCCACCAGUAAUGCCACGCUUCCCUCAUCUGUGUCCACGGCUGCGCCUGCUGUUAGUGCCGCUGCUGCCUCUUUAUCCUCCAGCACUCUGAACUCAGAUAAUCUAAUCCUCCUCCUAAAUACCCGUCUCCGAAUGGAUGAGUCACGCAGCCCCAGGGCUCACGUCAGUAACUACGUCCAGCUGAGGAGGACGAAUCAAGAACCCGGUGACCAUCACACAUUCAGCAGAGACAGGAAAGCACCUGUUCCCAUGAAAUCCAGAGGAGGCGAGCAGGUCGGCUUAGGACGAGGAGUGCGAGGUGCAUUUGGUGCUCACCUGGGUUUCAGUGGUCCGUCCAGGACCAGACAUCUGCCCCCUCCAUCCCGUGGCCUACCCUGCAUCAGCUUAGCAUCACAGUCCAGUCUAAUCCCAUCAACACUCAGCUCGGGCAUCCGAACGAUCUCGGCUCCUAGAGACGAGGAGAUCAGCUCCAUCCGUUCUCAAGAUGCGUCCAACGCCUGUAACUCUCGCCUCCCUAAGCCAAAGAGCCAUUAACCCUUCCCCAUUGCUCCGCUCUGCUUCUCCUCCUCUGUCUUCUUGUUCUCCUCCUCUUCCUCUACAGCGCUGCUCAGGGCAUCAGGCUCCACACUCCACGUGCUCCCCUCAGCCAGGUUACCAGCUCUGAAAGGCUGCUGAUCUCUGAGCUUGUAUUUAUUUUAUCAAACAGUACCCGAAGUGUUUGAUCUGCCCAGGCUUUAAACUUAAAACACACAGUUCAGGGCAGAUCUCUGUGUUCUCAGUGCAUUAGCAGUUCACCAGAAAAAACUACUGAUGUAAAGUAAAAAAAUAAUAAUAAUAAAUAUAAAAGUCACUAACAGAGAGAUCAAAAAUUCAAAUCCCGGUGAUGUGGAGAGUGUAAAUGGCUGUGCUGUGUGAAUAGGAGGGGCUUUUACUCUAUCACCUGCCAAUCACAAUAACACUAUCAUCUGUAUUGUGCUGUAGUGAGCUGAUGUAGGGCAGAUAGCACUUUCCUCUGAGUGAUGAAACAGAUUCCCCCCCCAAAAAAAAGCCUGUUCAGUCCCAUUGUCUGUCCCCGGUGAAAUCUGAACACACUCUUACAAGCCUUGGGUAAAAAUCCUCUCUAUUCAGUGCAUUAUAUUUUUGAAAGGCUAUCGACAAUCCCUUCAUUGCCUUUAAAUCCUCACAAUGCUAAUAAAUUUAAAUUGGAGUGAACAUUUGACCUGAGCGCUCCAUUCUGACCAUCAGAAACAAGAUAAUAACGACAAUCUAUAAGAGCUUAAUAUUUUCCAUAUUACUAAACACUAAAAGCGUCGUCAUAAACCUGCUGACCGAUCGAACAGCUGGUAGUUUGAUGGGCUUUUUUUUUGUCUAUUUCUUUUAAUUAAACUGACAGUGAGCUCCUUGUGUAGUUGUGUAGAUGUCCGUUCUGUUAGAGCUGUGUGAACUCGUCCCAUGUUGCCCUUUAAAAAGAACAGCAUACGUUUUUCCUGUUUUGAUCACAUGCGCCCGUUCCUCCGAGGCGAGGAGGACAGAGACACGCUGCGAUCUGUUACUGUAAUAAGUACCUGAUAAGUAAAUCAGCGCAGUACUUUUCUAGUCCCCCGACAGUGAUGUUCACUCUUUUUCGGUUUCGAGUGAGUGUGUUCACUCUCUGUUGCUUUUCAAUCUACUCAGUGGUGCACAUGAUCUACCCCAACAUGUCCACCGUCUUCAUCAAAACACGACAAAGUUUCCCCUGAUCUGCAGGAGAGAUUAUUCCAAAUGGAAAGAGUUGAUGUCAGUAGAGCUGAGUAACACAAAGUGGACACAAAGUCCUGCUAUUUUCUGAGCUUCCUAAAGAUCCUCCCUCAUUGUGUGAGAGGGUGUGUGUGAGAGGGUGAGGGUAAGUGUGUAUGUUAGAGGGUAAGUGUGUGUGUUAGAGGGUGAGUGUGUAUGUGAGAGGGUGAGUGUGUAUGUGAGAGGGUGUGUGUGAGAGGGUGAGGGUAAGUGUGUAUGUUAGAGGGUAAGUGUGUAUGUUAGAGGGUGAGUGUGUAUGUGAGAGGGUGAGUGUGUGUGUGUAAGGGCGAGUGUGUAUGUGAGAGGGUGAGUGUGUGUGUGAGCGUGGUUGAGUGUGUGUAAGGGCGAGUGUGUAUGUGAGAGGAUGAGUGUGUAUGUGAGAGGGUGAGUGUGUGUGUAAGGGCGAGUGUGUAUGUGGGAGGGUGAGUGUGUAUGUGAGAGGGUGAGUGUGUGUGUAAGAGCGAGUGUGUAUGUGAGAGGGUGAGUGUGUGUGUAAGGGUGAGUGUGUGUGAGAGUGGUUGAGUGUGUAAGGGCGAGUGUGUGUGUAAGGGCGAGUGUGUGUGAGAGGGUGAGUGUGUGUGUAAGGGUGAGUGUGUGUGUGAGGGUGAGUGUGUGUGUAAGGGCGAGUGUGUAUGUGGGAGGGUGAGUGUGUAUGUGUAAGGGCGAGUGUGUAUGUGGGAGGGUGAGUGUGUGUGUGAGGGUGAGUGUGUAUGUGAGAGGGUGAGUGUGUGUGUGAGGGUGAGUGUGUAUGUGGGAGGGUGAGUGUGUGUGUGAGGGUGAGUGUGUAUGUGGGAGGGUGAGUGUGUAUGUGAGAGGGUGAGUGUGUGUGUAAGAGCGAGUGUGUAUGUGAGAGGGUGAGUGUGUAUGUGAGAGGGUGAGUGUGUGUGUGAGGGUGAGUGUGUAUGUGUAAGGGCGAGUGUGUAUGUGGGAGGGUGAGUGUGUAUGUGGGAGGGUGAGUGUGUAUGUGGGAGGGUGAGUGUGUAUGUGUAAGGGCGAGUGUGUAUGUGGGAGGGUGAGUGUGUGUGUGAGGGUGAGUGUGUAUGUGAGAGGGUGAGUGUGUGUGUGAGGGUGAGUGUGUAUGUGGGAGGGUGAGUGUGUGUGUGAGGGUGAGUGUGUAUGUGGGAGGGUGAGUGUGUAUGUGAGAGGGUGAGUGUGUGUGUAAGGGCGAGUGUGUAUGUGAGAGGGUGAGUGUGAGUGUGAGGGUGAGUGUGUAUGUGUAAGGGCGAGUGUGUAUGUGGGAGGGUGAGUGUGUAUGUGUAAGGGCGAGUGUGUAUGUGGGAGGGCGAGUGUGUAUGUGUAAGGGCGAGUGUGUAUGUGGGAGGGUGAGUGUGUGUGUGAGGGUGAGUGUGUAUGUGAGAGGGUGAGUGUGUGUGUGAGGGUGAGUGUGUAUGUGGGAGGGUGAGUGUGUGUGUGAGGGUGAGUGUGUAUGUGGGAGGGUGAGUGUGUAUGUGAGAGGGUGAGUGUGUGUGUAAGGGCGAGUGUGUAUGUGGGAGGGUGAGUGUGUGUGUGAGGGUGAGUGUGUAUGUGUAAGGGUGAGUGUGUAUGUGAGAGGGUGAGUGUGUGUGUAAGGGCGAGUGUGUAUGUGGGAGGGUGAGUGUGUAUGUGAGAGGGUGAGUGUGUGUGUAAGGGCGAGUGUGUAUGUGGGAGGGUGAGUGUGUAUGUGUAAGGGUGAGUGUGUAUGUGAGAGGGUGAGUGUGUGUGUAAGGGCGAGUGUGUAUGUGGGAGGGUGAGUGUGUAUGUGUAAGGGCGAGUGUGUAUGUGGGAGGGUGAGUGUGUAUGUGAGAGGGUGAGUGUGUGUGUAAGAGCGAGUGUGUAUGUGGGAGGGUGAGUGUGUGUGUGAGGGUGAGUGUGUAUGUGUAAGGGCGAGUGUGUAUGUGAGAGGGCGAGUGUGUAUGUGGGAGGGCGAGUGUGUAUGUGGGAGGGUGAGUGUGUAUGUGGGAGGGUGAGUGUGUAUGUGGGAGGGUGAGUGUGUGUGUAAGGGCGAGUGUGUAUGUGGGAGGGUGAGUGUGUGUGUGAGGGUGAGUGUGUAUGUGUAAGGGUGAGUGUGUAUGUGGGAGGGUGAGUGUGUGUGUGUAAGGGCGGGUAUGUAUGUGGGGGGGUGAGUGUGUAUGUUAGAAGGUGACUGUGUGAGAGUGGGUGAGUGUGUAUGUGAGAGGAUGAGUGUAUCUGAGGGUGAGUGUGUGUGUGAGGGUGAGUGUGUGUGUGUAUGUGGGAGGGCGAGUGUGUAUGUGGGAGGGUGAGUGUGUAUGUGGGAGGGUGAGUGUGUGUGUAAGGGCGAGUGUGUAUGUGGGAGCGUGAGUGUGUGUGUGAGGGUGAGUGUGUAUGUGUAAGGGUGAGUGUGUGUGUGAGGGUGAGUGUGUAUGUGGGAGGGUGUGUGUGUGUGUUAGAAGGUGACUGUGUGAGAGUGGGUGAGUGUGUAUGUGAGAGGAUGAGUGUAUCUGAGGGUGAGUGUGUGUGUGAGGGUAAGGGUAAGUGUGUGAGGUUGUGUGUGUGUGUGUGUGUGUGUGAGAUGGUGUUGCAGUCAGUCAGUCAAACCCUGAGGGUCAGCCUGGAAUAGACCACACCCAGGAUUAUAGCUAAGUUUCAUCAUGAAUAAGACUAUAUUCUGACUGGAUUAUGAAUAAGAGCUGCAGGAGUGAUGUGCAGUGACGCUUACACAAAGCCGUGCUCGCAAAAAAUGAAUUACUAUCCCUUCAUCUUUACAAGCUUUAUAUAAUACACUAAACAUAUAAUCUGCUCCUGUAGCUCAGUGACGUUAGUGUAAUGAUUCAUUUAUUAGAAAAUGUCUUACACAUGCAACACACACACACACAUAAUACACACAACUACCAAGCGUUCUAUGCAAGAUUUUAUUUAGUUGAGCUUCCUGGAGUACUUCACAAUGUUAUGAGUGUGUUAUUUAUACACCACAGCAACACACACACACACACAGCUUAUUCAUUAAUGUAACUAUAACAGAUAAAAAAGUGUUCUUUGACAAAUUGUGAUCUGAUUCUAUGACAUGGCUUUUCAUUUCUUCUCUCACUUAAAAACGCUUCUGUAGUAGAUGAGAGUCUGAAUCCGGCGUCUGACCUCCAACAUCUGAGGACGAAACGCAGUUCAGAUGAACACCAGCUGUGGUGUGUGUUAGCUCAGUGAGGAGCACUCAUGAUUUUUUUCUAAUGACUGAAACUCAGGAGUACAGAGACGCCUCUCAGUGUGCUUCAGCGAGCGCAGAUUAAAUCCUCUCAUCCUGCUGUGGGAGAACCCCACGUCCAAAACACUGCACUACACUGCUGUCCCCCACACACACACACACACACACACACACACACACACUCAGAAUCUCCUUCCAGAGCGAGGACUUGACGUUCUACUCUAUCUUAAUGAGGUGAAGUGGCCUGAAGUGUGUGUAGAUGGUGUAUGCUGAUCUAAGUGGAAGAAAAUGAGCUCCCCGUGAGAACACACGUUAAAACGCACACACACACACACACGAUAAACAUAAACACAACAAACAAACAAGCGUAACUGCUUUAUGGAAGCACUUCAGCACUGAAAGGGAAGAGCUUUCUUGAACUGAAUCGAAUGAAUGUUGAUUUAUAAUUUUUUUUAAACUGCUGUGUAGUGUUUGUUAGGCUUCGGUACUCAGAUUAGAUCCUGGUUUGCCAUUCUGUGGUUGUGAAAUAAUUUUUCACUUUCCUCACACCAUGCUGCUGUUUAAUUCUCGAUUCGGAAGGUGUCGAUGCAUUUUCUCGGAAUUUAUCUUAAUGCACUUGUUGUAAAACGUCAUGGUCGUCAUAGUAACGGCUCAUCCGCAGGGACGUCUACAGCGCACACUCCACCGAGGAGAAAAAGCGUGACGUCGUCGAUAUUUUAAUGGUCCAGACGUCUCUGCGUGUUAGGAGUCACUUUGUAUCGGUCAGAGGUGAAGCUGGAACUUUUAAGUUCUUCCGGAGGAGUUUACACUUCUUUGUAACGGUUUCUCAGUAACAUGAGAUUCAUUUCGUCUUAUUAAGUUGAAAGAGAGAGAAUAAAGAGAGACUGCUGAGGGAAACACUGUUUAUAGCUGCUAUCACAGAAGCGACAUUUUGCCGACUUUCCAGAACAUGAAAUGUACCUACAAAUGGAUAUAAAAAAAAGAGAGCGUAUUUUGUGUUAUUUAAUAAAUUCAAAACAUUUGCCUUGGUAUAAGAGGAAUAAAGCACUAAGCAAUGUGUGUUUUUUUUUUUUUUUUUUUUACACAUGCUUUUCCUGGUUUGACAUUUUCAUGAUUUAGGGAAAAAAAAAAUCUUUACCACUCGACUGAUCGCUUAACUGGUGAUGUUUUGUUUCGGCUUCUGCUUUAGACGGUUUCCUGUAAUUAAAACCGUUGCUCGGGAACUUUUCUAACGCUGUUCCUGUUUAGACUCUGUGUUUCACAGCUAACCCAUGAGGUUUUAUUAGUCUCUAAUUUAUUAUUUGCAGCUUAAUAUCUUUAUUCUACACCCACAAUGGAGCUAUGUUGGCUAUAGUAUCUAUAGUAGCUACAGCUAUGCUAUAGACAUGUGGGUGGAGCCUUAAGUUUGGUGUGUGUGUGUAUGUAUGUAUGUAUAUAUAUAUAUAUAUAUAUAUAUAUAUAUAUAUAUAUAUAUAUAUAUAUAUAUAUAUAUAUAUAUAUAUAUAUAUAUAUAUAUAUAUAUAUAUGUAUGUAUGUAUGUAUGUAUGUAUGUAUGUAUGUAUACACACACGUACAGAGGCGACCACAGGUGAGCUGCAUUUCCUCAGAUGCAUAAUAAAAACCCCCAGAACAUAUCCCGUACUCUCCGUGUCUCCUCGUGUCUGAUGUAAAUGCUUACAGACGUGAGAGCGGCAGUAAGGACCUUGCUGUAGAACCUCGUAGUCUCACGUCGGAUUAACCUUCAUAAUACUGCAUCUAUCACUCGCUAUAUAACGUGACCUUAUGGUAUACGUGACUGUAUUGUCUGAUGUCAUUCACUAAUAACUACAAAUAUCAGCAAAUCACACAAAUAAACAAAAAAAAAAAAACAAUAACUACAAAAAGAUCUGUCAGUAUUUAUGUUCUCUGUUCUGGUCUGUUCUCUAACAGCAUGUAAUGGACCCAUCGUUCUUCUGUGCGACACGUAGCAGGAUGCUGUAAGAUUUCGGAGCCGCUUUUAUUAAAGGCUCCAAUGAAAGAUUCGUAAAGUUUAAGAGAUCGUGAGAGUCGUAGAAGCUGCAUGUUUUUCAUUUCUGGCUCGAAAUCUGCUUUUUUUUCUUCUUCUUCUUCUCCUGGCUGCAAUCUCUUCACCUCAUGUGACUGUUAAUGUUUGUUCUUAAAAAGCUCAGUGGUCAAUAUUUCAUCAUCAGCAACAAGUCCCCUUUUCAAGUGUAUUGAUUUGCUUUACUUUAAUUGAAUCUUUCUUUUUUUUUUUUUUCUGUUUACACACUGGAACUUAAAUUUGUGCAAUAAGAGAACAGAUCAUGCAAACGAUAAAUAUUUGCACUGUAAUGUAAGAUGUGUAAUUUUGCUUAAUUUAUUAAAUGUUAAUUAUGACUCCGUGUCAGUGUACGGAUUGAGGGAAGAUCUGGGAAGAGAGCGGUACUUUAUGUACUCACGCACAGGGAGAUGGAAGAGAAACAAAGCUGUUUUUUGUUUUUGUUUUUUUGUUUUUUGCCUCUGUCCUGAUCCCUGCUCUUCAAUAAAGACAGAACCGAAACAUA